AUGGUUUCCUUUCAGCACAUCAUCAUCAGCAUCGUCAUCAUCAUUGCAGGUGUUGCAGGCGUCGCAUCGGCCGAAAGCCAUCGUUGCUCGCCUGUGUUGAAUGACACUCUACGUAUAAGGCAAUCUCUGCGACGGUGUGAGCGAACUCUGGCUUCCAAGUGUGGUUUCCAAAACACGCUCUUGGAGAUGCCGGGAAUCUGCGAGCCAAUGGGGAUGGACAUGCCACCUCCAGCAACAUCUUUUUUUCCAGGUACGGAAGCAAGUGAGCUUGGUUGCAUAUCGCGAUCCUCUCAGUUUGGUCGUGCUCUUUGGUGCCUUGCGCGCGCUGUGAACUCUGCGAUAGAGCUCUUUACCGGAGUUGGUGGUGGUUCGACUCUCUUGCUGGCGCAUGCGCUGGCUAAAGCUCAAAGAAUGGGCCGGCAGCGCUCCUUCUUUACCAUGGAAAGGCAUUUGGGAAAUGCAUAUCAUGCUCAGAACAUUCUGGAGAGCGUGGGGAUUUCAACCAGAAUCCUGUCAUUGGCUAGUCCGGAUGGGCUGACGAAUGGCAUGGCUGCUCUUCUGAAGGAAAAUCCAGGCGUUUGGAUUUUGCAUGGAGACUUAUUCGAGAACCUAGGCGUCUUCAAUGCACUGUGCAGCAGAAUCGGUGGCCUUGACAUGGUAAUGCUCGAUCCUCCUGUCGACUUGCGUGGCGUGUGGCCACUCAUAGAGACGGCCUGCAAGCCCAAAUUUCUGGCUGUGCACAAUGCCAACCUGCCUGGACAUGCUGGUUGGCUCCCAGCCCACCUGCUCAGAACGAACGACAGAUGGUACGAGAUCAUGAACGGAUCUCACCCUUCCGUGUGGGAACGUGGCAAGCGCUCAUGGUCUUUGACGGGGCGGUGUUGGUGA